CCCCCCGUACAAGCCCCCCUGUAUCUGGAGCCGCUGCGCGGAGGAUGCGGGGCCGCAGCUAAGGCAGCACGUCGGUGUUGAGGAGGAUGGAGGCACCCCUGGUCAGCCUGGAGGAGGAGUUCGAGGAGGGCCCCGGCGAGGAUGGGGGCACCCCGCAGCGCAGCGCAGACCCGGCGCUGGCCGAGCUGGAGAGCUUCUCGGCCGAGAUGAUGAGCUUCAAGUCGAUGGAGGACCUGGUGCAGGAGUUUGACGAGAAGCUCACCGUCUGCUUCCGCAACUACGACGCCGCCACCGAGGGCCUGGCCCCUGUGCGAGGGCAGCUCCAGGCGCAGGAGGAGGAGGAGCGCCUCCAGGAUGAGGAGGUCUGGGAUGCUCUCACCGAUGGCUUUGGGCCCCGGGGCUCCCCCCGGCCCUGGCUGCUUCCUGAGGCCGAGGUCCUUGAUGGCACCGACCCCCAGCUGGGGAAGCAAUGUGAAAAGGAGGAGGAGGAACUCACUGAGAGGAGUGAGCAAGACUCGGGCAUCAACGAGGAGCCACUGCUGACAGCUGAGCAGGUCAUUGAGGAGCUGGAGGAGCUGAUGCAGAGUUCACCUGACCCCGAGGCCGACCCUGAGGGAGAUGAGGAGGAAGAAGAGGAGGAGGAGGAGGAAGCUGAGGCUGAUGCCGAAGGCAAAGGUGAUGGUGGGGGAACAGAGCCCAUCCUGCUGCAUGAGCUGCAGGCUUUCUGCCCCACCAACAACAACUGCUCCCAUGAAGGGCUGGGCCGGCUGUCUGCACAGGAGCUGGCGGCGGCGGCAGGGCGUGCGGAGGCGGCGAGCCGGGCGCUGUCGGCGGAGCUGGUGGCACAGCUGGCACGCAGGGACGAGCUGGCCUUCGAGAAGGAGGUGAAGACAGCCUUCAUCGGGGCGCUGCUGGCCGUGCAGGGCGAGCAGCGCGAGGCCGCCCGGCGCCGGCGCCGUGACAAGGGCCUGAGCCUGCAGGGCGGACGUGCGGAGCGCGGCCACAUGCCCAGGAAGCGCUUCAGCAUGGAAGGCAUCUCCAGCAUCCUGCACUCCGGCUUGCGCCAGACCUUCAGCCCCACUGCCCACGAGAAGCAGUACCUGAACACGGUGAUUCCCUACGAGAAGAAGGGGUCCCCGCCCUCCGUCGAGGACCUGCAGAUGCUCACCAACAUCCUGUUUGCCAUGAAGGAGGGCAAUGAGAAGGUGCCCACACUGCUCACAGAUUACAUCCUCAAAGUGCUCUGCCCAACCUGAAGCGGCGCUGCCUUUGCGCCCGCCUGCCCCCGGCGCUUCCCCCAGACCCGAGG